CCGCGCGAUUGGUGACUCACAAGUUGACAUUUCAAAGAGAUGGUCGACGCCAAGCCCGAGACGCCAGCCACGUCGUACUUGUCCAAGGACACCAAGCACCUCCUGAGCGGCGGCGUUGCUGGCUGCAUGUCCCGGACGGCGGUCGCGCCGCUCGAGCGCCUCAAGAUUCUGUACCAAGUGCAGGACAUGCUCAAGACGUCGUCGGCCGAGCCCAAGCAGUAUGGCAGCAUGCUCCAGUCGCUGCGCAAGAUCAUGGCUGAAGAAGGUUGGCGAGGCAUGUUCAAGGGCAACGGCGCCAACUGCGUCCGAGUCUUCCCUUAUGCCGCGAUUCAGUUUGCCAUGUUUGAAAAGCUGCGUCCGAUCCUGGUCUCGGACGGCGCCAAGGACCUCACGUCCCUGCAAAAGCUGCUCGCGGGCUCGAUCGCCGGCGUCGCGUCCGUCAUCGUCACAUACCCGCUCGACUUUAUCCGCGCGCGCAUGACCGUUCCCGACGCGAUGACCAAGCAGCAGUACCACGGCAUUUGGCAUGCACUGAAAGUGACCGUGCAGCACGAGGGCGUCACGGGGCUCUACCGAGGCAUGAGCCCGACGGUCGUCGGCAUUGCGCCGUACGUCGGCCUCAACUUUAUGGUGUUUGAGAGCCUCCGCGCGUCAGCGCCGCUGGACGCAAGCGGUCGCCCAGAUAUGCUGUACCUCCUCGGCUGCGGCGCAGUCGCGGGUGCGUGCGGGCAGUCGGCCGCAUACCCGUUUGACCUUAUGCGGCGUCGGUUCCAAAUGACGGCGUUGAGCGACAAGCAAUACAAUGGGACGAUGGAUGCAGUCACGACGAUUUACCGCCACGAAGGCAUUCGCGGCUUUUACAAGGGCCUGAUUCCCAACUCGGUCAAGGUCAUCCCGUCGAUUGCAGUCAUGUUUGUGACCAACGAAGCCAUGAAGCGCUGGAUUAUGUGACUGAAAAACGAGUAUACGGUGCUAACGCUUGAAGAGGCGGGGGAGACCCCA